UAUUGGGUAAAAUCUGUGGGUCUGAAACAUUUUAUGAUCCGUGAAACAAUGCUUCAUAGGUAUGUAGACACACCCAAGUCUAAGUGGAAAUCAGGUAAUAAUAGAUAUAGAAUGUAGUAGAAUUACCAGGUACGAGAAGGAUGAGAAUCGUUCCAGGGAUUAGAUGUAGAAUUACGUGUAUAAAGUUUACUGAGCACUACAGCUGGCCGAGCCUGUGUGGAUAAGCCAGAGUGUAGGUAGAGAUUAAUACACAUCCAUGUGAGAUUGAUCAAUAUCAUAAUUAACAGCUGAGAGAAGGACAAGAUUCUCAUUACCCUGAAAGCUGGUCAGAGACGACUUAUCUGGUCAAAGGAUGACCCUAAAACUGAUGGCUAAUCCAACUGGACCAAUAAAAGGACCUAAAGGUAAUAUAAACUGGACGAUUUUAAUCAGAUUCUCCAGGUUUGAACAGCGUACCUACACAGGGUAUUAGCCGGAUAGACCAGUGCAGCUCUGUGAAGGGGACCCAGCCUAUCGGGACAUCACUUGUCCCAACAUUGACAAGCUUGAGUAAACAACGGCUCUGUUUAAAUUACAUACCACUAAAACCCUGUGUACACUAAGCAAGUGCUUUGUGACAUCAAGUUUGCAAAACAAGUUUACUUUUCAAAAUUUGAAGAUGAGCGAAAAAGGUUGACGUUUCCACCAUACCAACCGACUGACUGACUUGGGAUACAGUCGUUAUAACAGACUUGGAACCUUUACCCUACCAUUACUCAUGAACGAUCACUACUUGUCCAUCAAUGACGUUUACAACAGACACUUGCAGUUUCAAUUAAAUCUACCGGAGAUUGUCCAGCGGUAAAGUGAUUCCUUGCUUCAAAGGACGUCACUAUAAAGACAAAAUCAAAACUUAAACAAAUAAUUAUUCCUGAGUGUGUGUGCAAAGGGAGACUGGAGCCAAUAGCGGCCACCUUGUUUGGCUGAGGAAAUUUAAUGUUAACUUGAUAGGUGAUAUGAGAAGUGAAACACGAUAUUGUAAAGGGCUGCCUAUCAUAACGGGCCGAGAUAGGAUCUAAACGGUUGUAUUACUGUUACGCGAUUUGACUCGGACAGUGAUUCCAGUGUGAAGGGACAAAGGCAGGUUUGUGUCCAUGUUAACUCUGACUGAUGACCAGCGAGUUGGAGUGACACAGGCGGAUAUACGCAAGUCCCGUCAGUUAUAAAGGUAUAUGGAUUAGUGGACUAGAACGAGCUCAAUCACCCACAGGUAAAAGCACUUGAGGAGAAAGUUAUUACACCUGGAAAUUGAUUUGCAAGGAAAGUGACAGGUUAUUGACUGUUGACAAACACCCCUAAUCCGUUGUUGUACUUAGGUGGGAAAAUAGCAACUGUCUCCCUCCUCAGACGUUGGCUACAUACCUACACACUCGUCUGACAAUGGACGUAAUGGCUCCUUGUCAUUCUUUUUAGUGUACUGGUGCAAUAUUUAAUCAGAGAAUCACAUUUUGACAUGUUUGUGAUCGAAUUUGUGGUCAUACAAGUGUGGGACAAAUUCUCAGACAUUUGUACCCCUAAACAUUAUAAUCUCUAGAAAAGUUAUUCAGAUGUAUUCUGUGUGUUCUUCAAGAGGUACAAGUUGUGACUACGCAUGAAUUUAAUUUGAACAUAAAAAAAAAUCACAUAUAUGUGUAACACUCUGGACUUAAAAGAUGGAUAUUUGCUGAAGUGUAUUCUUAAGUACUGGAUUUACUGGUCAGCUAAGGACAACAAGUGGACAGAACAUGUCUAUAAGACGCAGGAUUGGACCAAAGUUUGUGAUGACGUACAGGCCUGUAUGAAGUGUCCUAAACACCAAGCAUUAUAGGUAGAUCUAAGAGGCGCGGGUAGAUACCAACGAGUACCUCUCUAGGAAACCAUAACGAUUUAUCCACAUAACAAGCUGCUUCAGACCCAGCCAUAAACUUCUCGAGUGAGAGUCUCCUUUACGGCCCUAGACAACCAUACCUUGGUCAGAAUCCGGAACACCCUGGAUACACCAGUGCAUAUAGGGAACUAUCUUUGGGAUAAAAUGGGAGGAAUGUGUUCAUUAGGAGGAUAAAAAUAGAAAACUAGAGUCUGUAAGUGGACAAGUGCAAUAUUCCUGGUUUGUAUUUAGUUAACCCUAUUUAAUGAACUAUAUGUGGAAGUGACAGACUUAACAAUAUGUGUGUUAUAGGUCUAUUGCAUUAAUAAGAGUCUGACCAACUCCAGGCUCAGUGACUGUUGUUAGAGCAGUCACUUUGAACUUUGACCUUGAUCAUUUGUGUUUUUUAAAAAUGACUUGCCAAAAUUCUUGAAAUAAUUCUAAUAUCAUUCGUUGAAUUUCGUUUUGUGGAUUAUGACCUACCUGAUGAGGAACUACGCAGAGCUCGAGGCUGGUUCUACAGCACUCGUCAAGGCCAUUGUUCUCGGCGACGAAGAUGAGACAGUAAAUGUGAUGAACAAGUAUGACCAAUACUGUCCCGAGAUAUUUACCACCAUCACAGCGGAAGGUACGACGGCCCUCCACUGUGUGGCUCAGCGCAUUCGACCACAGAUCCUGCGGAUAAUGCUGGAGCUGGGAGUGGACAUCAACUGUCGAGAUAAUGCUGGGGAAACACCACUGCUCAAGUCUAUUCUCUACAACAACCUGGCCACAUCUAAGAUACUUAUAGACCACGGAGCAGACGUCAACGAAACUGUGUGUCACAAAAGUGGCAACACCUUGUUACAUAAACUGAUCCUGGGUGACCGUUUGAAGGCUGUGGAGAUGUUGGUAGAUCGCGGAGCGGCCAUUAAUACGGGAGAUAAGACUGGCCGGUCUUCGUUCCAUAUGUCUCUACUGAAGAACAAUUUGAAAAUGACAUCAUUUCUGAUUGAGAGGGGUGCUGAUGUCAAUUCUAGUGACAACUCUGGCAGGAAUGCUCUACAUAUGACUAUAGGGUAUAAACAUCCCGAUUUGACAAAAUUACUUAUAUCAAAGAACGCUGAUGUGAGCAGUAAAGAUCGCACGGGGACUACUCCGCUACAUCUGUCUGUGUCAGAAGGCUACUUCGAUGUGGUGAAACUGAUUCUACGUCGAAGUCAAGCCAACGUGAACACGAAAGAAAAGUUAAUGGGAAGGACACCUCUCCACAUGGCAUGUGCAAUAAGUCAUUUCCCAAUAACCAGACUACUCAUCGACAAUGGUGCCGAUGUAAAUCUUACGACAAAUUUUCGUAAAUCUGCCUUGCACCUCGCCACAACAAAUGGUUCAGUGGACAUAACCUCUCUUCUACUGAAGCAUGCCGCUAACGUAAACAUGCUGACCAUAGGAAACAAGACGCCCCUACACAACGCUAUAGACUCCGGUACUGUAGGCGUGGCGAGUCUUCUCCUCCAGUACGGUGCUAAUAUAAACCUUCGAGACCUCCAAGGGUCAACACCGCUCCAUUAUUCGGCACGAACUGGAAGCUUGGACUGUGUACGUCUGCUGCUACGGUGUGGCGUCAACAUAAAUAGCUACGAUAACAAACAGAGGACUGCUCUCCACGCGGCCAUCAUGCACAACCACAAAAACACAGCCAUGUGUCUCAUCCACGGUGGUAUCAACGUAGCGACAGUGGACGAGGAGAAUAAAGUGGCCACUGAUUACGACAAAUCGGGACAAGUAAAAGUUCUCGUGCAAAAACUGUAUGCUGAUUGAUGUCUAUCAGAUAGGGUUCACAGAUCAUCUUCACGCAAUUAGUGUGCCGUGUUAAUUCAGCAAUGUCGCUAUUUUUUGCAGAAAGUUUAAUCUGUGACUGCAAUAUAACCAUAAACGUUGCUUAUU